GUCAUGUUUUAGGAGUCGUCAACUUCAGUCAACUUGUGUGUUUGAUCGAAAAAUGUAAUAAAUUUUUAAUGCUAUAAAAUAUAUUUUGUAUUUUAAAAGCAUUGGAAAUAUGUUCCGACAAUAUUUUAUAGAGAAUAAUUAAUAUAGUUACCCUGUUAGUAGAUUAGGUGAUACGAUGUAUGUUUUAAGAACUGUAUUUAUACUAGUCGUAGCAGCCUUUAGAUUUGUUAUAAGUUUUUCCGAUGUUGGAAAAUGGGACUUACUACUUAAUGGGGAAACCUGUAACUUUACGGUAGCAAAAUCAUUGUUUAAGGACUCAAAAUUAAUUAUUGUAUUACAUUGCCAAGAGGCUGCCAAUUUAACUGUAGCAUAUUCUUGGAGGCAGACACCAUGUUCUCCAGAAUACAACCAUUUUUUCGAAAAGCGAAUCGUAGACUGCUCAAAUGUGGUUGUGCCACCUGUGUUCAUAAGCAACCACAGCUCGGCCCAGGCUAUAAAUGUAGUACAAACAGUGUCGUGCGAUGGCAAGAAUCCCAUUUUUUUCUACAGUGAAAAAGAUAAAGGAUCUGAGACUGAUCAAAGUGUAAAGUCUCUUACCCCAUCAUUACUAACAGUGGAAAGAGAAGGUGUCUAUGUACUGACCAUGUCAGUGAGGAGUAGUGUUAAGUAUGAAGCAUCUAUGCAUAUUGAAAUGGUAGCGCCAUCUGGGUAUUUGUCUGCGGCUAUCUGGCCGUUUUUACCGUUCUUUGGCGUAAUGUGCGGUGUGUACGCACUAUUAUGUGCGGGCUGGUUGAUCGUGUGUGGACUACAAUGGCGUGAUUUACUAAGGAUACAGUAUUGGAUUGGUGGAGUAGCGUUGCUUGGUAUGGUGGAAAGUGCUACAUAUUAUGGAGUUUAUUCGUCGAUUAAUAGCACUGGUUAUUUCAACGCGGGCGUGUUCAUGUUCGCCGAGUGGGUGUCGGUGGCCAAGCGUGCGUUGGCUCGCAUGCUCGUCAUCAUCGUGUCGCUUGGCUUUGGGAUUGUCAAGCCGCGGCUCGGUCCCGCGCUCCAACGGGUACUCGGCACGGGUGCUCUAUGGGCGCUACUAGCUGGUAUAGACGUGUGGCUCCGCUUGCACCACAAGGCUGAUGAUUCUAAUAGGGACUUGUUGCUAUCUGAGGCGCCGCUCUCGUUGUUGGACAGCGCCAUCUGUUGGUGGGUGUUCGUGUCGCUAGCGCAUACGAUGCGCACACUGCAACUGAGGAGGAACGCAAUAAAGCUGGCCUUGUACAGAUAUUUCACAAACACGCUAAUAUUCGCUGUCAUUGCAUCUGUGAUAUUUAUGCUCUACACCCUUAAGUCAUACAGGAUUCUAUUUUGUAUUACGGAUUGGAAGGAAGUAUGGAUGGACGAGGCGUUCUGGCACAUUCUAUUCGCUUGUGUGCUCGCGGCUAUCAUGGUGCUGUGGCGGCCGACUAACAACAACCAGCGUUAUGCGUUCACGCCGCUGCUAGAUAACGCGGAGGACGAUGAGGAUGAAGAAGAACAAUUCGUGAACGACGCGUACGGCGUGAAAAUGCGCGGCACAAGCAUUAGCGAGCCCUCAGACAAUCGCGAUCUUCCAGAACCGAACACAACUUCACUCGACUCAGACUUGCGAUGGGUCGAAGAGAACAUACCGACUAGCACAUUACCAUUAUUAGAUUCCGAUGAAGAAAUAAUUAACACCAAGUUUGAGGUGUCGAAGAUGCAAUAAAUAUAGUAUUAUUAAUUGAAUGUGACUGUGUAUUGGUGUUUUUUUUUUACCUGUUGUAGGCAAAGUGUAAAUGUUAUAAAUAAAGAUAUAAAUGAGUA